AAAGCACUAAUGUGACAUCUGUGGGGGAGAGGAAUGUUACAGAGAAGAGUGAUGGACUUCAGAAGGCAGAACGAACAGAGCAAAGAAAGGAGAUUCUGCCCAGCAAUAUAACGAAUGAAGUUGUUGUGAAAGAGAAAGAAGAACUUCUACCUUCACAGGAAAGCACGAAAGUGACAUCUGUGGAGAAGAAGAAUAUUACAGAGAAGAGUGAUGGAAAAGAUGUCGAGAAAGAAACUGUAAUUCAAAAAGAAGUCCAAAAGAAUGUGUGUAAUAGCGACAUCAAAGAGGUUCGUAACGAAAAACAUCUUAAUGAAACAAUUGAAGACUUGAAACACCAAGUUGAUGACGUGAAAAACAAGAUGAAGGAAGAAAAAGCAAAGGCUGAAGAAACAAAUACUGUCGUUGAAAAGACAGUCCCUGCUGUGACGCCGGCGAAGGUUGUUAGAAAGGAUGUGCCCUCGGUGGGAGAAGGAAAAGACUCCGUUGCGACUCGAGUUGUUAAACCCGUUACCCCUUCGGUGGUAGCAGAAAAAGUCCCCGUUGUGACAAAUCAGACCGUUGCUGAAAAGAUUCCCCCUACGGUGACCGAAGGAAAAGUCCACGUUGUUAAAGAAGAGAAAGUUAUUGAAAAGGUUGUGCCCUCGGUGACGGAAGAAAAACUCCCCGUUGUGACAAAGGAGAAGGUUGUUGAGCAGGCUGCCCCUUCGGUGACACAGGAGAUCGUAAGUGUCUCUAAGGAGCAAGCAGAACUUCCUCUUGCGGCAGAGGAGAAGAAGGUUAUUGAAAAGAUUAUCCCCUCGGUGACAGAAGGAAAAGUCCCGGUAGUCCCUCAACAGGAGGUUGUUGAAAAAGCUGCCCCUUCGACGACAGAAGAAAAAGUUCCUGUUGUGACACAAGAAAGGGUUAUUGAGCAGAAUGUCCCACAAGAAAGGGUUAUUGAACAGCCUGCCCCACAAGAAAGGGUUAUUGAAAGGAAUGUCCCACAAGAAAGGGUUAUUGAACAGAAUGCCCCACAAGAAAGGGUUAUUGAACAGAAUGCCCCACAAGAAAGGGUUAUUGAACAGAAUGCCCCACAAGAAAGGGUUAUUGAACAGAAUGCCCCACAAGAAAGGGUUAUUGAACAGAAUGCCCCACAAGAAAGGGUUAUUGAAAGGGUUGCCCCACAAGAAAGGGAUAUUGAACAGGCUGCCCCUACGGCAACAGAAGGAAAAGUUCCUGUUGUGAUAAAAAAGAAGGGUACUGAACCGGCUGCCCCUUCGGUUACAGAAGAGAUUGUCACUGUUUCUAAAGAGAAAGAAGAAGUCCCUGUUGUAACAGAGGAAAAGGUUCCCGCUGUGAGAAAUGAGACAGUUAUUGAAAAGAUUACUCCUUCCGUAACAGAAGAAAAAGUUGUCAAUCAACGGAAGGUUGUUUCUUACGAAGAUGCUACAGAAAAUCAGGAAAAUCAAGUUACUGGAGAUGAAGAAACGGACGAAACUGAAUUGAAGUUUAUCAUCACCAUACAAAAGAGAAUAGUCCGUGAACAGACAGUCUCGAUCAUACCCGUGAUGGACAAGGACGCCAACACAAGAAGGAAUGGAAAAGUGGCGAAGAAACAACUGAAAAGAAUACUGAAGAAGGUGGCCCGAGCCGUACGGGAAGAAUUAAGCAAGCGACACAACACAGCGGGGCAGGGACAGUAGCAGCAGAAGCUGUAACCAGUGUGAGGGAACAGGCUGCCACUCUCCACCAAACCGACAGCCACCACCACCAAAAUGUCCCCUCAACACCCAGCUGCUUGCGAUGGGAUCCCUAAGAAAGUGUUCCAUAUUUUCUUGUCUUUUCUUAUCUAUCUAUCUUAC